AUGGGGUCAGGACUCAGGCCAGUCAACUUCUCCACACCAGACUCGCUCAUCCAGGUCUUUAUUGACCUGCUUUGUGCACUGCAGGACCAGGUCACCUUUCUCAAUGUUAGACCGUACGUCCUGCCCCUCGCUUCGGCUUUGCGGCAUAGGAAGGUACUCACGUCUCUAUCUGCUCCAAAACGUGUUGGCCAGAUGCUGCAACCGUCUCCACUGCUGGCGGUGAAAAUCUGUGCUGUCAAAGGUUCCCGGAGGAGGAGGCAAACCAGGAAACAGUUUGUUCCUGUUCAUUUCUCAGAGAGAAGAGACACAGCGACAGACAGACGCUUCAUCAGAGACAAAAUGGCUUCUAAAUCAGAGGAGGCUCUCUGCUGUCCGGUCUGCCAUGAGGUCUUCAGAGAUCCUGUUGUUCUGUUAUGUAGCCACAGCUUCUGUAAAGUCUGUCUGAAGAGCUGGUGGACAGAGAAACAAGCACGUCAGUGUCCAGUUUGUGAGACAAUAUCUUCACUAGAAGAACCACCUUGUAACCUGGUGUUGAAGAACCUGUGUGAGGCCUUCUUACAGGAGAGAGAUCAGAGAGCUUCAGAGGCUCUCUGCAGUCUGCACUCUGAGAAACUCAAAGUCUUCUGUCUGGACCAUCAGCAGCCAGUGUGUCUCGUCUGCAGUGUUUCAGAAAAACACAGCAAGCACAGAUUCAGACCCGUCGAUGAAGCUGCACGACAACACAAGAAGGAACUUCAGGAAACUCUGGAGCCCUUAAAGGAGAAGUUAAAGGUUUGUGAACAAGUUAAAGUAAAGUGUGAUCAAACAGCAGAACACAUGAAGGUCCAGGCCCGACACACAGAGAGGCAGAUUAAGGAGCAGUUCAAGAAGCUUCACCUGUUUCUAGAGGAGGAAGAGGAGGCCAGGAUGGCUGCACUGAGGGAGGAAGAGGAGCAGAAGAGUCAGAUGAUGAAGGAGAAGAUGGAGGCUCUGAGCAGAGAGAUAGCAGCUCUUUCAGACACAGUCAGAGCCACAGAGGAGGAGCUGAGAGCUGAAGACGUCUCAUUCCUGCUCAACUACAAGGCUGCAGUGGAAAGAGUCCAGCAGCGCCCCCUGCUGGAUGAUCCACAGCUGCCCUCAGGAGCUCUGAUAGACCAGGCCAAACACCUGGGCAACCUGACCUUCAACAUCUGGAGCAAGAUGAAGGACAUGGUCUCCUACACUCCUCUCAUUCUGGACCCAAACACUGCUUAUCCAUAUCUCAUCCUGUCUGAAGAUCUGACCAGUGUGAGAGGAGGAAACGAACAGCAGCUUCCUGACAAUCCAGAGAGGGUUGAUCAUUACUACUGUGUCCUGGGCUCUGAGGGCUUUAACUCAGGGACUCACAGCUGGGAUGUCGAGGUUGGAACCAGUACAGGCUGGACACUGGGUGUGUUAGCAGAGUCUGUCCAGAGGAAGGGAGACAACAAAGAGUCUGGAUUGUGGGGAAUAGAGUUGUCUGGAGGUAAAUACUCAGCACGGUCACCAUCAACACUCACUGCUCUCAAAGUCCGGAAGAAGCUCCAGAGGAUCAGAGUGAAUCUGGACUGGAACAGAGGAAAGCUGUUGUUCUCUGAUCCUGAUACUAACACAAACAUAAACACCUUCACACACACUUUCACUGAGAGGCUGUUUCCAUUGAUUAGCCCUGUGGGUGAAGUGAAGCUGUCAGCAGUGAAGGUCUGUGUGACAGUGGAACAGAGCAGUUAGAGAUAAAGAGGAUGAUUAUAUUCAUGAUGUUGUUGAUUUCUUAAAGGGAAAAGUCUCUGAAUUUAACCUGUUUAGUUGCACCUGUCCUCCUGCUGUCUCAUUAUUCCAAACACAUUUUAACAUUUAACCAAACACAUUUUAAAGACAUUAUUCCAAUCACUUUAUUUUCUUUCACUUGUUGUUUUUUAUUGGUUGUAUUUUCUGUUACUUGUUAUUUAGUUUGACAAUCAGCUUUUAGUUUCUGCUGUCGGCCUUUUCAUAUGUAAAAUGCUUUCACUGAGUUUCUUUGUGUUUUGCUUUGGUUUCGUUUUUUAUCCACACUGUGCUGAAUAAAAAGGUUGUUCAUGUUUUAUUAUUGUGACUUGUGUGUGUGGAGCCAUGAAGACUGUGUGGAACCAAAUAAAGAAACAAGAAUCUAUUCCUCAAUAA